CUGUGUUUACUGUUAGCUAGUUAGAGCUCUUUGUUUUUGUCAUCACCUGAAGUUCAAAAUGUCUCGGCUGAACAGCAGCCUGCUUUGUUUUCCAUAAUUCUUUUAAAGACAAUAUAGUUAAAUGUGCUGAUAAACAUUUUCAGGAGGCAGAGUUAUUUUUAUCCACACUUUCCCCCCCCACUUACUGAAGAGGAAGCUUCAUCUGGAAACUUCUGGAUAAGGUCAUCCUAAAGUUAAGAUAAGGUCUACAUUGAAGGUGGCAGCCAUGGUGUUGAUUCUUGGCAGACGGAUGAACAGGGAGGACUCUGGGAUCAGAGACUCACCAGCUGUCAAACGCAAGGUAUUUGAGGUCGACUCCAAAACUAUAGCCGCCCAGGAUGUCUUGGACUUCUGCUCUGGCGCGUCCCACUCUGAGGGCAUCCUGCAGGUGUUCAACGAGUUUCGCGACUGCCGUCUCUUUACAGAUGUUGUGAUCAGCGUGCAGGGCAGAGAGUUCCCUUGCCAUCGUGCUGUCCUCUCUGCCUGCUCUUCCUACUUCAGAGCCAUGUUCUGUAAUGAUCACCGUGAGAGCCGUGAGAUGCUGGUCGAGAUUAACGGCAUCCUGGCUGAGGCAAUGGACUCCUUCCUCACCUACGUCUACACCGGGCGUGCAAAGAUCACUACCGAAAAUGUCCAGUUCCUCUUUGAGACCUCCAGCCUCUUCCAGAUCUACACACUACGAGACGCCUGUGCCAAGUUCCUGGAGGACCAACUGGACCCAUGCAACUGUCUCGGCAUCCAGCGCUUUGCAGACGCCCAUGCCCUGAAGCAGCUAGCUAGCCGCUGCCGCAGCUAUGCCAUAGGCAGUUUCUCAGAGGUGGCUCAGCAUGAGGAGUUCCUUGACUUGCGAAAGGAAGAGCUGGAGGAGUACACUGCCAGUGAUGAACUGUGUAUUGGUAAGGAGGAGGUGGUGUUUGAGGCGGUGAUGCGAUGGGUUUAUCACAAUGUGGAGCAGAGAAAGCCCAUGUUGAAGGCCUUGCUGCACCAUGUGCGCCUGCCCCUUCUGCACCCUAACUACUUUGUCCAGACUGUGGAGGGGGAUCAGCUCAUCCAGAAUGCUCCAGAGUGCUACCAGCUUCUCCACGAGGCCAGACGCUACCACGUGCUUGGAAAUGAAAUGAUGUCACCCAGAACUCGUCCACGCAGGUCGACUGGCUUCUCUGAGUUGAUUGUUGUGGUGGGGGGUUGUGAGAGAGUCGGGGGCUUCAACCUGCCCUACACUGAGUGCUACGAUCCAGUCACUGGAGAGUGGAAAUCACUGGCUAAACUACCUGAGUUCACCAAGUCCGAGUAUGCUGUCUGUGCCCUCCGCAAUGACAUUCUAGUGUCAGGUGGGCGUAUAAACAGCAGGGACGUGUGGAUGUAUAACUCCCAGCUCAACCUGUGGAUCAGGGUGGCUUCUCUCAACAAAGGCCGCUGGAGACACAAGAUGGGCGUCCUUCUGGGCAAGGUUUACACCGUGGGUGGUUACGACGGGCAGAGCCGCCUGAGCAGUGUGGAGUGUUACGACUCCUUCUCCAAUCGCUGGACAGAGGUGGCUCCCAUGAAAGAGGCGGUCAGCUCUCCGGCAGUGGCCAGCUGCGCCGGAAAGCUCUUUGUCAUAGGAGGAGGCCCAGAUGAUGACACUUGUUCAGACAAGGUUCAGUGCUAUGAUCCAGAGGCAGAUACUUGGUUACUGCGGGCCAACAUCCCCAUCGCCAAGCGUUGCAUCACAGCAGUGUCCCUAAACAACAUGAUCUAUGUGUGCGGUGGUCUCACAAAGUCCAUAUUCUGCUACGACCCUGCAGAAGACUACUGGAUCCACGUGGUUAACACCUUUAACAAACAGGAGAGCUGUGGCAUGUCAGUGUGCAACGGUAAGAUCUUCAUCCUCGGGGGCAGAGGAGAAAAUGGCGAAGCAACAGACACCAUCCUGUGUUACGACCCGGCAACAGGCAUCAUCACAGGAGUGGCAGCCAUGCCACGGCCGAUCUCCUACCACGGCUGUGUGACCAUACACCGCUUCAACGACAAAUACCACAAGCACUGACCACAACCCAACACACGGACCACACACUCACUCUCUGACAUAGGAGCACACUAAAAAAAAACUCCAACUCUCUAAACUGUAUGCUCUUUAAGCACAGCACACGCACAGCACAAACACACUUCUUUCCAACAGUACUGGUGAGCUAAUUUAUUUUCUCUCAGCAUCAUGUAGCAAAACUCAUUGUGGUUCCCUGAAUAUUUUGAUCUUCUUUACUAUAGUUAAAGCCCCUCUGUGGAAAUGUUUAACACUUGAUAAUUACCUCUUGGUAGCUAUAGCAGAAGGGAAGUCAGAAAACUUGCAGGAUGUAAUUGUUAGUAACUGCACAAGGUUGGGAAGUUAUGGGGAAGUGAAAAAAACACAAGAAAAAUUAUAGUUAUAAUGGUAAUUAUUGUGAUAACUUUUUGAAAUACCAAACAUGAAUAUUUAGUAAACAUUACAGGAGAAUUCAAGCUAAAUUGGAUCUUGGAAAUGAACUCUUAAACAUCAGAUAAUAUAUCAAUAUUAACAAAUUCUAAACUUAAGGUCUUCUUGACCUUUUUUUUUUUGCAGACCUUCAGUAUUGCAGACCUUUUAACCAUAUUGUAUAUAACCAUAUAUAAGAGACAUCAAUGUGUUUGAAAACACAGUUAAAAGCUAAAUUUUAUUACACUGCUUGAGGGCGCACUCACACUAGGCCCGGUUGCUCCGUACCGUAGCUGAAGCCCAGUUGCCCCACCUCCCCAUUCCCCCGCUGGCCUGCACUCACAUUGCUCCAGAUCUAACCAGUUCUGAGCACAAUUACCUCUCGUACAUAACGUGGUAAUAGAACACAUGCAUGGCUUUAUGAUCAUGAAGUGUGCUCAGUUUACAAGACAGGCACGGUUGAGGGUCGUGGGCAUGGUACGGAUGGCACCCAUUGAGUGCACCCUUAGUGUUUCAAAGACAAUUGAACAUACCGGUAAAUGAUUCUUAAUGUUGGUUAAUAUUCCACUCUAGAACUGCACAUUUUAUAGAUUUUUAAUAUGACACUAAUUAAAGGCGGAACUCCUGAUAACUUAAUUGAGUUUUCAUAAUGAUACUGUUUACGGUCAGGUAUUCAGACCUACUGUAAAGUGAACCUCCCGACAUUGUGCUUAUGUAAAAACUUAAUGUAACUACUCCCUUAGAUCUAAGAUACUGAUGAGCUGAAAUGAUCACAGAUAUUGCUGAUGAACAAAAUCAAUUCAUUAAGACAAACAUCAAAAAAAUGCCCACCCAACCAUGAUCUGCCAGUAGAAGAAAAAAGCAAUAUUCAUUGAUCAGUGAUGUCCUUUUUAACUCUUUUAAUUGAUGAUAAACAUGACCUGAUAAAGUGGUGAGCAGUCAGACAGCCGCUCAUCCACAGAAUCAGAGGUUUGACGCCUCAGCCUCUGAUACAAAUAGCAGAGGCUGAGUCCUCAAAACAUUUGAGCGUCGUCACUGUUAGCUCACUUCUUUUUCCUACCUCUUUGUUCACAUCAAUCCAAUUUUCACCUGCUCCAUCAUCGAUGUGUUUUUCCCCUUUUCCCUGCUCCGACUGUACCAUCACCUCACAUAUCCUUUCUACAUUAAUAUCUCCUUUUUUAAGCUUUAUUCCACUCCAUAAUCAUUAUUGCUAUUACUCAUAACUGACUUUUUUAUUUUCUUAAGUUAUACUUGUUUGUAAUUUUAUAACUGAAUGUUUACUGUACUAUACCUAGCUUUAGUGUGUCUGUUUUUUUAUAGAUGGUAGAUUAUUAGUGUACUUGGCUUGCAGUUGGUUUAGUAGAUGUGAGAAGCCUUUGCAGAUCAAACUCAAAGACGGCUCAGAAUAAGUUGUGUGCAUGUUUGGUGUGUGUGACUUUUACAACAUGGUCUGGAUGUGCUGGAGCCAGGUGGAUGUAUCCGAGAAUUCUAGUGUAAGUGUUGCAAGACUGCAAAGUUCUGUCAGAGGAAACUUUCCCACCGGCGGUGGCACCUCUCACCUGUUCACUACGUGUAAACAUGUCACUCGGGGUAACCAUAGAAACCUCCAGGUGUGUUUGAGUCUUUGCGUGAUUACUGGUCAGCGAAGGGGGCGUGUGUAGCAGUGCUAUUCUACGCAUAGUUUCUGAAUGAUGACAAUUCAGGAUGUGGCUCAUGGUCAGUAAAAGUCACCUUUUACUUCAUUAGGUGUUGAUAGACUAGAACUAUUGCUGUGAACAUAACUUUCUUUGUUUAACUUGUAUUUAAAUGUAUUUCUUUCUUGGUUGUAUAUUGUGUUUUUCUGUAACUAAGAGCCCCAAAUGUGCACUUUGACAGAAUCCUGUUAAAUGUAGAAUUAAGAGAUAAUGACUUCUUGUUUGUUUUUUACUGUAUCAGUAAAUGUUCUUUGCUUUCAUGUGACGUAUGGAAGAGACACUAAAAGGGCCUGUCAGUUCCUCCUGUAUGUUAUGAGCUGUGUUAGUUCUGAAAUUCGAACUGAAAUAUCAACAAAAAUGCUAAAAGAAAACAAUGAAAAGAGGAAGUGAGAAGCUUUGACUUCCCUUUAAGUGGACAAGAGGCAAGAAAACCACCUCUGGCCCACCGACACUACUUUGAAUUUUAACAAACUCUGUGUAACUCAGGAGGCAAACAGAAGGAGGCUUACAGGCAAAGAAAGUUGUAAAGCAAAAGAGCAGGAGUAAGAUAAACAGAGAGAGAGAGAAUUUGAGUGUGUGUGCGUCUGUGAUUUCACUGAGUAUUUACACAAUGCAUUGUUUUGUUAUCUUGAUUUUUUACUAUAUAUGUACAGGCUUUCAUACAUUGUUUACUUUGAUAAGAUUGUGUUUGUUGGUUUGUAUUUCUUUGCUUCUUGUGGUGAGUUCUGGGACUGUUGCUAGGAUAUUUUGACUCCCAAAUGCAAAUGACGUGCCUGAAAUCAAACUCUGCAGAGUUAAGAGUUUAAACCCAGUUGAUGGAUUUUAAUGGGACUGCAGACAAAAGCCAAAGUGGAUUUGAUUGAAGUCCAAAGGUGACUUUGUUGAGGAAUGUCAAUGGAUUCAAAAAUGUGUGUGUGCAAAAAAUAUGUGGUUAAACCUAAUCUUUGCAGAAUGCUGCCCAAGUGCCUGAUGAAAAAAGUGGGAAAUGUAAUCUUUUUAUUUUGAUAAAACCUUUACUUAUUGUGUGUAUGAUGUGAUAUGAUUUUUAACACCACUUAAUCCACUGAUGAUCUUUGCCUUACUGCAAAGAGAGCUUUGGAUUUUUAUAAACUGCAGUAUGUUGAAAUGUAACGGUUCAAAUGAGUAAGAGAAACAUCAAUAAAGCUUAUCCUUGUGUAUUACAA